AUGGGGUACUGGGGACCUCCACCGAGAGACAUUCAUGGGGUACUGGGGACCUCCACCGAGAGACAAUCAUGGGGUACAGGGGACCUCCACCGAGAGACAAUCAUGGGGUACAGGGGACCUCCACCGAGAGAGACAAUCAUGGGGUACUGGGGACCUCCACCGAGAGACAAUCAUGGGGUACUGGGGACCUCCACAGAGAGACAAUCAUGGGGUACUGGGGACCUCCACCGAGAGACAAUCAUGGGGUACUGGGGACCUCCACAGAGAGACAAUCAUGGGGUACUGGGGACCUCCACCGAGAGACAAUCAUGGGGUACUGGGGACCUCCACCGAGAGACAGGGGAAGCAUGGGGUACAGGGGACCUCCAUCGAGAGAAGCAUGGGGUACAGGGGACCUCCACCGAGAGAGAAGCAUGGGGUACAGGGGACCUCCACCGAGAGAGAAGCAUGGGGUACACAGGGGACCUCCACUCGAGAGAGACAAGCAUGGGGUACAGGGGACCUCCACCGAGAGAGAAGCAUGGGAUACUGGGGACCUCCAGAGAGAGAGAAGCAUGGGGUACAGGGGGACCUCCACCGAGAGAGAAGCAUGGGAUACAGGGGACCUCCCCAGAGAGAGAAUCAUGGGGUACAGGGGACCUCCAUACAGACCUCCAGAGAGAAGCAUGGGGUACAGGGGACCUCCACCGAGAGAGAAGCAUGGGGUACAGGGGACCUCCACGAGAGAGAGAAGCAUGGGAUACAGGGGACCUCCACAGAGAGAGAAGCAUGGGGUACAGGGGACCUCCACCGAGAGACAAGCAUGGGGUACUGGGACCUCCACAGAGAGAGAAGCAUGGGAUACAGGGGACCUCCACAGAGAGAAGCAAGUACAUCCACAGAGAGGAUACUGGGGACCUCCACAGAGAGAGAAGCAUGGGGGAUACAUACAGGAUACAGGGGACCUCCACCGAGAGAGAAGCAUGGGAGAGAAGCAUGGAUACAGGGGACCUCCAUCGAGAGAGAAGCAUGGGAUACAGGGGACCUCCACCGAGAGAGAAGCAUGGGAUACUGGGGACCUCCAUCGAGAGAGAAGCAUGGGGUACUGGGGACCUCCACUGUGGACCUCCAGAGAGAGAAGCAUGGGAUACUCCACAGGGACCUCCACCGAGAGAGAAGCAUGGGGUACAGGGGACCUCCACGAGAGAGAGAAGCAUGGGAUACAGGGGACCUCCACAGAGAGAGAAGCAUGGGUACAGGGGACCUCCCAGAGAGAGAAGCAUGGGGUACACAGAGAGAAGCAUGGGAACUGGGACCUCCACAGAGAGAAGCAUGGGAUACAGGGGACCUCCACCGAGAGAGAGAAGCAUGGGGUACAGGGGACCUCCACCGAGAGAGAAGCAUGGGGUACAGGGGACCUCCACACAGAGAGAAGCAUGGGAUACAGGGGACCUCCACAGAGAGAGAAGCAUGGGGUACAGGGGACCUCCACAGAGAGAGAAGCAUGGGGUACAGGGGACCUCCACACAGAGAGAAGCAUGGGAUACAGGGGACCUCCACAGAGAGAGAAGCAUGGGGUACAGGGGACCUCCACAGAGAGAGACAAGCAUGGGGUACAGGGGACCUCCACACAGAGAGAAGCAUGGGGUACAGGGGACCUCCACACAGAGAGAGAAGCAUGGGGUACAGGGGACCUCCACAGAGAGAGAAGCAUGGGGUACUGGGGACCUCCCAGAGAGAGAGAGAAGCAUCAGAGAGAAGGGGUACAGGGGACCUCCCACCGAGAGAGAAGCAUGGGAUACUGGGGACCUCCCACAGAGAGAAGCAUGGGAUACAGGGGACCUCCACCGAGAGAGAGAAGCAUGGGAUACAGGGGACCUCCACCGAGAGAGAAGCAUGGGAUACAGGGGACCUCCACAGAGAGAGAAGCAUGGGAUACAGGGGACCUCCACAGAGAGAGCAUGGGAUACAGGGGACCUCCACAGAGAGAAGCAUGGGAUACAGGGACCUCCACAGAGAGAGAAGCAUGGAUACAGGGGACCUCCACAGAGAGAGAAGCAUGGGAUACAGGGGACCUACAGGGGACCUCCACAGAGAGAGAAGCAUGGGAUACAGGGGACCUCCACAGAGAGAGAAGCAUGGGAUACAGGGGACCUCCCACACAGAGAGAGAGAAGCAUGGGAUACAGGGGACCUCCACAGAGAGAGAAGCAUGGGAUACAGAGGGACCUCCACCGAGAGAGAAGCAUGGGGUACAGGGGACCUCACACAGAGAGAGAGAAGCAUGGGGUACAGUACAGGGACCUCCACAGAGAGAGAAGCAUGGGAUACAGGGGACCUCCACAGAGAGAAGCAUGGGAUACAGGGGACCUCCACAGAGAGACAAUCAUGGGGAUAG